UUGUUUUGUUUUGUUUGUCAAGUCAUGUUCUCAGCUGCAGGCUUUAUGAAAAAUUUGGUUUUCAAUUAAAUAAUAACUUAGAUCUUAGAUUUCUACUCUCUUUAAAAUGCCACAAGGAUUCCCUGUUAUUACUAUACAGUGUGAUUGGAAUGAGGCUCUUAAAUUGCCCAACUCUAAAGUCUGGAUUUCAUCAAAAUACCUGAAUGAGAAAAGUGUUCAUGAUCAACUAGUCACUGCAGUUAACCAAUCAGAUGGCAAGAUAAAAAUAUCUCUAUCCCCUUCCUACCAAUAUGUGUCCCACUCUAACUUGAGCUUAGUUCUGAAGCACAUAUCUGGUGUGAAGGUUGCUUUUGUGGCAGCUACAAAAGCUCACAAAGUUCAUAAUAAAGCAGUGCUCUCAGUAGCAGCAGCUGAGAAUGCCCUGGCCGUGUCUUCCUGCGAGGCUGACCAACUGCUGGUGUGGGACUCUAGAACUAAUGAUAUCUUGCUAGAUUUAAAAGGUCAUGGUGGUCCAGUGUACAAGUGCAGGUUCUUCCCAUCUGGCAUUGUGAUACUGUCAGCUGGUGCCGACGGCUCCUGCAGGAUCUGGUCAGCGGAGACUGGGGUCAACCCUGUCACAUUGAAGGGGCACACUAUGGCUAUCUGUGAUGUUGAGAUUGUUGAGAAGGGAAGGAAUGUUAUCAGUGUUAGUAGGGAUGGUUGUGCAAAGCUAUGGGAUGUAGGUGAGUCCCGGUGCUUGGACAACAUUCUAGAAGGACAUGGACCUAUGAACUGCUGUACCAUUGCAACUACUACAGAACAAGUGGAUGUUAAUAAUCCAAGAGAGAUAGGAACUGGGAACAAGCUGCUCGUGGUGGGCUGUGAGAGUGGUCUAGUGCUGGGUGCACACGUGGCGCGGCGUCUGCAGAUAUUCAGCAAGCAACUGGACGCCGCGUGCAAUGCGUGCGUCACUCUAGAACAUUCUGCACUGAUCGGCUGUGAAAAUGGCAAGGUGUACCAACUGAGUCUUCGAGACGGCUCCAUACUCAAAGAGUGGUACGAGUCGGCCAACCCGGUCCUCAGUCUAGCCGCGCUUUCCGCCGACAUGUUCGCGGUGGGCCGACAGGAUGGCUCCUGCACAGUGUACUCUCUACUGGACGCCCACAGCGCCACCAGAGUGCACCUGACUGGCUCUGACUGCGACGGCAUCAGGGAUAUCGCCUUCAACGGCAAGUGGAUCCUAGCCGCAAGCAGAGACUGCCUCAUAAGGAAAUACGAUUUCAACCAAGUGAUAGUACAUUUUAAGUGAGCCUGGAGCUUCUAUGGUAAGAUGGAAUAAAAUUUAUUAUUUAGA